AUGCAUUUCGUUUCGUACGCUUUGUGGGCUGUCGCUGGCCUUUGUGCCUACCAAGGUGCUGUCGCCACAGCCGCAGGUGUUCUUGAAGCCAGUUUGAUCUUUCCGCGUAAUAACACGACAUACGAGCCCUCGGAGAAGUUCCCCAUUGUCUUUGCCGUCCAGAACUCACAACUGCUCGAGCAUCUCCAACUUACGUUCAACAAGCGCAUCCUGAACACGACGAAUCAGCCCCAACGAACUGUGACUUAUAGCAACGGAUACAUCAACAAUUACACAGACGUUGAUGUCCUCUCACGCGGCGGUUCCACGAUUGAAUGGUGGGAUGUAACCGCUGCGCAGAGCGACCCCUACCUCUACUGGUACCAUCUCGACAUCCGGGGCGAAGGCCCUCUUAAGAUGGGGUGGUGGCUGGAUUGGCAAUCGUGCAACGAGACCGAGGACCGGAUGGGCCAGGAUUCCUAUACUACCCUUGGGUUCCAUACUUUUCCAGACGAUCCCGAUAGCGUCUUUAGCGUGAGAUUUGAGAUUAAAAAGGGCGGCCAAAAGGUCGAUCUUAUCUCUGGGACAGAGAGCAACAGCGACGACGACUGCCUAGUCGAUGGAGUGGCGAUCGACGUAUCCGACGAGGUGGCCAAUGCUACCUACUACGUAGGAGGCGUGGCGUCCGUAAGGACGUGCGCUGUGCUUGCUACCUCCACACCUACACCAACCGCCAACCCCUGCAAGGUCAAGAUCGAUAAGGCUACCGUGGAGAGUAUGGACGCCCACGACCUGGAGGAAGCUUGCAGAGGUCCAUGGCCCCCCGCCGAGUGCCCGGAGGAUGAGGACUAUGCGGUACACAUCCUGGCCGCGGGAGGUCUUGCCACUCUCCUCACCGCUGCCCUCGGCGCCACCCUGUUUCUCCUCUGA